AUGGCCAAAGCAUUGAUUGGAAUCCUUCUUGACGUCUCCGAUUCCAUGCGUCGUAACGUGGGAAGCGGUAUUGAUGAAGAUGGAGGACCGUGGGCUCGUUCGAUAUUUAAAGUUAUCGAUAACCUGAUCAAACACGACGUCUCUCCUGAUAACUCUGUAUUUGCUUUGGCCUUUGGAGCUGAAGGUGGCGACCAACUAUUAGAUAUCUUGACGUGUCUUCUGUCUUCCAAAUUUGAUCAGAAAGCCACAGAUGAUCAGGUAGAGAAGAUUUUCCGAAUACUGGAGGGAGCCGGUGCAAAAUAUAUCCGCAAAUGGGCAAGGAGGGAAGUCGUCCAACAAGUGUUAACACAUCAAAAGGCUUGCUUAGUUCUGGAAAUAGCUGAUUUUGAAAAAGAUUUUCCUAGAGAAUUUGUCCAAAAGUGUCUACCACUACAAUGCCGAGACUAUCCUAGAGAAACCUCAGAAGCAAAGCUUUUUAGCCCCCUUUUAACAGUGGCCGAACAUGUGUACGCAAGUGUGGGGUCGGCUGUACGAGAAGCUACAGAAGAAGACAUCCAAGAAACACUGAGAAAGGCCCGACCGUUGUUGCUCAAGUUCAGACCUCUCAUCUUCAAUGUUAAAAAAGCUUCAGAUAUAUUACAUGGUCACAUCAAUGAUGAAAGAGAACUCACUAAAAAAAGGAGCCGAGAAUUAUUAGAGAAAGUAGAACCCUACAUCUACGGCGCGACUCCCUUGUAUCAAGCAAUCCGUACGGCGACUAAGUGUUUUGAAAAACACGCGUCUACGUUUCAAAGUCACAAAAAGCUGUUGUUUGUCUUAUCAGACGGUGAUCCCACGGAUGGAGGAGAGAACGAUUCGGCGGCAAUAAAGAAAGUGGCCACAAGAUUAGAGAACGCAGGUGUGACCGUAGUAGGCUGCUUUGUCACUCAAUCCAAAACGAUUCAGCCCAGACAAAUGUUCAGUAAGAUGAACACAAACUGGGACUCAGGUUCAAAGUUCCUGUUCUCACUGAGCUCAACAAUAACCACGCAGUCGAUACCGCGCACCAUGUUUGUUAAACGUGAUUGGUCCAUUGACUUUGAAAACAAUGAAACACGUUUGUUCAUGCAGGUCAAUCAUCCUGACCACUUGCGAGACGCUUGUGACCUCGCUCGAAACGUCGUCUGUUCUCAGGAAGCGUUAUCCGAUUUGCUUGCUGACGUCGACCUCGAUGUCUACAUAAACCAGUCAGUAAGAGAUUAUGAAGCACAAGAAAAGCAAGAAGGACACACCUGCUAUGCACAUGCAUCUGCUACAGUGCUUCAUUUGACCAUGAAGCGAAUUCAUGGUCGCCGAGGCAAAAUCCCAACUUUUGACGAAUUGAAAGAUGAAAUGAUCGGCCAUUUUGGAAAAGAAGCCACCAGUAUCACAACAGCACUGAAAAAAAUGUGCAGGAAGUACCAUUUGCGUUACAAGUCAGUUGACCUCAAGGGUGCCAUGGAAGCAGUCGCUUCAAGCCGACCUGUGGUUGCAACAUUUAAGCUUACCCGCAAAGAGUGGGAUAGGUUUAAAGAGUUCUUUAUAACUAACGGCAAAGGUAUUUUGACAAAGAAGGAGAUCGAUAUAACAGCCCGUCCAUCAAAUCCCAAAAGGUUUGGCCACGCAGUAGUAUUAACCAGUUUCAACAGCGAAUAUUUGCGACUGUUGGAUUCCAGGGGAUCUGACUGGGCAGACAGCGGCUUCAUUAAAGUGCAGAACGCAGAUGUUCUUGGAUUUAAGUUCUAUGAUGUCUACUGGGAAAUUGAAGAUCUGAACGAAAAAGAAAAGACCUCCUUCAAGCAACUUGGAUCCAAGCGUGCCAAAUGGCUAAUGGAAACUUUGCCGAGUCUUCAGCGAGAUGAUCACACCGUGAAAUGUCCCAGAUGCCGAGUGGAUUCACCGAUCAAGGAUUUCACUGGAAAUUUGCUGCAAGCAAAGUGUCCUAAAUGCAAAAAAGCAUUUGUACUAAAGGAUGUCUCCGAAGGGAACAUUUUGGCUCUCAAUAUAUAUCUCACUUCCUUAGGCACAUAAGUUUGCAGCCUUUAUGCAUCUCACGCUGAUUCAAGAAUAUUUAGACAGCCUAGCACGAGGAGAGGAUCUCCUCCAUAGCACAAAUAGGUACAUUCAAGUAACGAAUAAAAAGUAGCCGACAUCUUAGCUGAUUAACGAGAGGUGUCCUAAAGAAAGAAGUUUUAGCACAAACCGAGGAAUCAGGUCUUAACUUCAGAUUUCGCAGAAAUUUAUGAAUAGCUCUUGAAAACUACAAAUAUCAAUAUAGGCUAAAAAGCAUAUGAUUAAGGGUAAUUAGAAAAAGAGGUUAGUUUUAGCGGAAUGAGAUUCCCAAGGACGCUUUACCAAAGGAUGAAGACAUCUUGUAAUGAACACCAUAGCCCAGACGACAGUACAGUGAGAUGAAACCUGACUGGCAAAAGGGUCCACAGUUCCUGUUCUCACUGAGCUCAAUAUUAACCACGCAGUCGAUACCACGCACCAUGUUUGUUAAACGUGAUUGGUCCAUUGAGGUAAAAAACAAUGAAACACGUUUGUUCCUGCAGGUCAAUCAUCCCGACCACCUGCGAGACGCUUGCGACCUGGCUCGAGAUGUCAGAAGAAAAGCAAGAAGGACACACCUGCUAUGCACAUGCAUCAGCUACAGUGCUUCAUUUGACUAUGAAGCGAAUUUAUGGUGGCCACUACGGUACUCGAUGGUACUUCUUUCAACAGCCCAUUCCAACUUUCAAAGAAUUAAAAGAUGAAAUGAUCGGCAAGUUUGGGAAAGAAGCCUACAGUAUCACAAAAGCACUGGAUGAAAUGUGCAAGAAUUACCACUUGCGUUACAAGCCAGUUGACGUCAAAGGUGCCAUGGAAGCAGUCGCUUCAAGCCGACCAGUGAUUGCAACAUUUAAGCUUACCCGCAAAGAGUGGGAUAGGUUUAAAGAGUUCUUCAUAACUAACGGCAAAGGUAUUUUGACAAAGAAAGAGAUCGAUAUAACAGCCCGUCCAUCAAAUCCCAAAAGGUUUGGCCACGCAGUAGUAUUAACCAGUUUCAACAGCGAAUAUUUGAGACUGUUGGAUUCCAGGGGAUCCGACUGGGCGGACAACGGCUUCAUUAAAGUGCAGAACGCAGAUGUUCUUGGAUUUCAGUUUUAUGAUGUCUACUGGGAAAUUGAAGAUCUGAACGAAAAAGAAAAGACCUCUUUCAAGGAACUUGGAUCCAAGCGUGCCAAAUGGCUAAUGGAAACUUUGCCGAGUCUUCAGCGAGAUGAUUACACUGUGAAAUGUCCCAUAUGCCGAGUGGAUUCACCUGUCAAGGAUUUCACUGGAAAUUUGCUGCAAGCAAAGUGUCCUAAAUGCAAAAAGGCAUUUGAACUAAAAGAUGUCCCCAAAGGGAACAUUUUGGCUCUCAAUAUAUAUCUUAUUUCCUUAAGCAAAUAA